AACAAUUUCUGUUUACUUCUGUGAAAUGAAUAAACACGUGUGAUUAAUAUUUCGUGUUUUUUUUUUCAAAUAAAUAAAUGAAAUUUAACACAAGAAGCAACAAUAUUUGGAAACUAUUAAAAGUCGAAAAUCAUCUUAUAUUAAAGUGAAAACGGAAAAAUAAAGAAUUAUGGAUACACAUGAUAUAUUUCUGCAAUUGACAAGAGGAGCACGGUUUAACUCGAAACCUAAAGCACUAGUUAAAGCGAAACAGAAUCCUGCUGUCGAAGUCCAAGAAAGUAAAGCAGCACAAUCUAUAAUUGCUGCAAAGGCAACAAACUCAGAUGAGGAUUCUGGCACGGAUGGCUUCAGUUCGGAGGAGGAAGCAGAGUCUUUUAAUUAUAUAAACGUCAAAGAUGAUGUGCAGGAAAGAACUAAAAAACCUAAAAAGACAGUCAGGCCAGAGGAACGAGAAGCAAAACUUCAAGAAGAAAUGGUGACAACGAUACGUAAAGAAAAUCUGAUUACUGUACGCGGAAAGAACAUUGCACCGCCUGUGACAACAUUUGCAGAACUAAAAAACGAUUAUGGCAUGUGUGAUCGUCUCUUGCAAAACCUCGCUAUUGCCACCUAUUCGAAACCUACACCUAUACAAAUGCAGGCAAUGCCGCUUCUGUUACAGGGGCGCAACGUUAUGGCCUCAGCACCGACGGGGUCGGGUAAAACGAUUGCCUUUCUAGCGCCCAUAAUUAAUGAUUUGCGCAAGCCGAGUAAGGUUGGCUUCCGGGCUGUUGUCUUGGCGCCUACACGUGAAUUGGCGGCACAAAUCUAUAGGGAAAGCAUACAAUUGGCACAACAGACAGCAUUAAAAAUACACUUUCAAACAAAGGCAAACAACAACAAUGAGGCUACUGGAAGUGGGAAUAAGAAAUACGAUAUACUCAUAUCCACACCGAAUCGUGUACGUUUUCUUUUGGAGCAGGAGCCACCAGCUCUACGUUUAGCGGAAGUCGAAUGGUUGGUCAUUGACGAGGCAGAUCGAUUGAUGGAGGAAGGUAUAAACAAUUUUAAAGACCAAGUCGACGUGAUUUUAGCGGCUUGUACAAAUAAGAAAAAGAAGUUGGCGCUUUUCAGUGCGACUUACACAGUGCCAGUGGCUAAGUGGGCAAUAAGAAAUCUGCCCAACUUAGCGCGUGUAAUAGUUGGUCACGAAAAUAGCGCUACGAAUUCAGUGGAACAAGAGUUGCUGUUUGUGGGGUCCGAGGGUGGAAAACUGCUGGCCAUAAGAGACAUGGUACGCAAAGGUUUGAAACCGCCCGUCUUAGUUUUUGUGCAAAGCAAGGAACGUGCCAAAGAGCUCUUCCAGGAACUGCUUUAUGACGGCAUCAAUGUCGAUCUCAUACAUGCCGAUCGUUCACAACAGCAACGUGACAAUUGUGUACGCGCGUUUCGUGAAGGACACAUAUGGGUGCUAAUCUGUACCGAACUAAUGGGUCGUGGCAUAGAUUUUAAAGGCGUCAAUCUUGUUAUAAACUACGAUUUCCCACCAUCGGUGAUUUCUUAUAUACAUCGUAUUGGACGUACGGGUCGUGCGGGCCUAAAUGGCAAAGCCAUAACAUUUUUCACACAAAGUGACACGCCAAAUUUAAGAAGCAUUGCAAAAAUUAUUAAGGAAUCUAAUGGCAAAGUGCCCGAUUUCAUAUUGGCUAUGAAGAAACAACGUAAAAGCGAAAGAAAAUGGCUGGAAAAUCAUGCGCCCAAGCGCGAGACUAUAUCAACGCGAAUAUCAAAGAAUGCGGAAAAGGCAAAAGAAAAGGAUAGUGCUGAGAAAACUGAGAAGCCAAUGACGAAAAAACGUAAAGCAAAUGCUGAAUUUGAGAAAAAGGCUGGCAAAACGAAAUUGAAUGCGAAAAAGUCUACAAAUUUAGAACCUACGGCAAACAAAAGAAUUAAAUUGAAAAAACAGUAACAAGUGCUUAGUAAUAUUUUAAAAUAAAUUCAGUGAAAUUCUUAUUUUUUAUUUACAAAUACAUACAUAUAAACAUGUGUUGAAUAAAAACGGAUGUAAAUAUGUGAAUUAUUCUUGUGCAUAAUUUCUUGAUUUAUAUUUUUGUAGGCACUUUAUGGAAAUUGCACUUAUUGUUUUUCACUUAAGAGUGUGAUUUUCUCUCCUCCCACUUACUGUACUAAUAUAGGCACAUUUAUUACAUAUUAUUAUGUCGAUAUAAAACUAACUAGCCUUACUUAAUGUAAAUAUAUG